CCUACUGUACGCAGCACGUGCACCCGUCCCACCCCCACAGCUCAGCCUUUAAAUAGAGCCCCCUCAGGCUGUUUGACCUCGGUGAUCGCGUCCCCGCCGCCAGCAGCUCAUCUUCACAAGUUCUCGUCAACCCCAAAGCCAAGCCUCCUCUCAGCAGACAUGGAGCGUACCUUCGUUGCCGUGAAGCCCGAUGGCGUCCAGAGAGGUCUGUGCGGUGAGAUUAUCAAGCGCUUCGAGCACAGAGGCUUCAAGCUGGUUGCUGCCAAGUUCUUGCAGGCCUCUGAAGAGCACAUGAAGAAGCACUACCUGGACCUGAAGGACAUGCCUUUCUACGCUGGACUGUGCAAAUACAUGUCCUCUGGACCAGUCUUCGCCAUGGUGUGGGAGGGUCAGGACAUUGUGAAGCUGACCAGGAUGAUGCUGGGUGAGACCAACCCUGCUGAGUCCAAGCCUGGCAGCAUCCGUGGAGACCUGUGCAUCAACAUCGGCAGGAACAUUAUCCACGGCAGCGACACCCUGCAGAAUGCCAAGACUGAGAUCGACCUGUGGUUCAAGGCUGAGGAGUUUGUCAACUACGAACAAGUCUUCAAGCCCUUCCUGUACGAGUAAACUGUCCGACCACCAACCUGUGAACCAACUGGACCCUGCUCAUCCCACCUCCAUCACUCCCACCCUCUUCACAGUCGAGCCUCCUUCUUGGUCUUCAGCGACCGAUCCAAAACAUGUAGCACUUCUCAAUAAAGUCUCAUGUUAACACAA